CUAAUCUCCUUCCCACGUCGACCUCUCCUUAUUUCUUCCCCGACGCCGCCGACCCCUUCCUCGCGACGCCGCCCUUCUCUGCUCUCCCGAAGCCCUAGCUCCUCUCCUUUUCCUUUCCGAGCCACACCGCUGAGCUUUCCCUCUUCUCAUUGCCGACUGUUUUCUUCCCUUCACAUCCGACUCCUCUCAAUCUUCCUCGCGUGUUCGUCGCCGCCACACGGAGCAGCCUGUCGUCUUCCCGGUGGUUGUCCUCCUUCCCCGAUUAGCCGGCCGAGCCUCUUCUCUCCUCUCCUGGUCGCGGACACUGGAGCUCGCCGGGAAUUGAGCAUCCAAGUCUCCACCGCACCUGUGCCCUAGCUUGUUCGGCGCCACUGGAAUCAAUCCGGGGAUCUGAGGGAUUUGAAUUGCUGUGGUGAUCUUGCUUCAGCUGAGGUUUUGGAAGGAAGGUAGUUGUAAAGAUCUCUUAACAUUGAAGGAUCAGGAAAGGAGGAUUGCAAUUGAGGUGGCGAAAUCCCCUUCGAAUUUCAGCGGGUGAAUGCUUGGUUUGACCAUCUCGUUGCUUCGUUUGGCGGAACAUGUCUGGAUACGAGAACGUUGUUGGUGGGAAGCUUAAAUUGAAAGGAAAAGCAUUGGAUGUGAAGGGAGGCGGCGUGAAAAAGAAGAAGAAGAAGCAUAACUAUGAAAUAGAUUCCAAGACUGAAAACCAAGAACUUACAGAAGGUGGGAGUUCUGGACUAUCAACUGAUCCAACUGAAGUCCUCACUGAAGCCGAGAAGGUUGGGUCUGAAGGACAAGCCCCAUCAGUCGAUGAUCACUUGACUCCAGCAGAAAGGCGAUAUAUUGAACAGAGGGAGAGGAUUAAUGCGAAAAAGCUGGCGAAGACAUCAAACAAGUCUCACCGUGAUCGCAUCCAGGAUUUCAAUCAGUAUCUGGCAAAUCUCAGUGAGCAUUAUGACAUUCCAAAGGUGGGUCCGGGUUAACUAUAUGAUACUAUCUUGAACGAACCACUGGUUGCGCAUGGUUAUUGGGAACAUAAGUACCGUAAUAUAAUAUCACAAUCUGCAUGCAGAUCAUGUUACAAUUGUUUCAGUAUGCUCUGUAAUACAUAACUUCUGAUUUGCACCUCCAGUUUCAAUCAUCUAAUGCUGCUGUUCUGAAACAUAA